UCGCUCAUGUCAUUGAAUAACAGAAUUUGUCCUCCCAGACCGGCUUAUGGCAGAAUAGUCAUUGAGUGCUGGCUGCGAACGGCAGAACGUCUACAUUCAUCAAGUUAUCUGUGUUAUCCAAAUACGCGGCGAUGUGUCAGAGAAAACUUUAUGUACAUGGGCAAGAUAUUUCCGCGGCUUGAAAUUCCUCUUUUGGGGCUUCUGUGAGCCAUUAACGCACUUCGAAAUCCAAAGACACGGCAUGCCAAUGUUGACACUGUGAUGUGGGUCCAUAUCUUCAAUCCAAAAGUACGACUCAAGACUUGUGACAUUCUUCCUUCAUUCAAGCUUGCGUGGGGCAUGUUGGACAAAGGAGGACAAAGGGUAGCAUUCCAGCACCACCCGACGACUUAAGAGUUCCUAGAUGCCGUUCCACGAAUCAGGUGAGAUGACUCGCGUCUAUACAGUAUGCCAUCAUUGCGCGGCUGGCUUCGUGAAACUUGCGCCGGGGCAAUGUACUGUCACGGUAUAUCUAACCCCUGUCUUCGUCUUCAACUUCUGGAUCUCGUUCUCUGUCUCUAUCCCUUUUCUCUUUGUGAUUAUGCAGGGCUCUCAGCGACCCUCACCCGACGUUUUCAUCUCUUAUGAUCAUGGCAAAGAGCUAAUAGAUCCAGAAAUAGAAGCGGAAGCCCAAAUAAUUGCUCAUGGAAUGCCUCCGAUGAGGCCGACGUCUCAAGCACCCAAUGGCUUUCUUACGUUCAAGCAAUAUUACUGUCGAGGAACUCCAGAGGAGGCCGCAGCGAUCUGGAACAGGCUACCUGCUCGCGAAAAUCAGAAGUGGAGAAGAAUCAGUGAGAUCCGGAGGACGUUCAGCGUGGGGACCACUGCUCAGGAAAAUGACAUUCCAUCCCUCCAAAGACCGACGUCGAGAGGCGGACAAUCAAGUCCCAACGGACAUUGUCUCCUGGCUUUCAGAGUUGAGAACUCGAGAUUCCACCCUGAUUAUUUCCUUUCGAGGCUGCACCAUUCGUCGUCUGUCACGACACAUAACGAAUCACCACAUAUUCCUCAUCCACAACUUCUUCAUCCACAAGAAGCCUUCCACCCGUAUUACCCUACUAAUGUGAAUGGAACUUCUACCGCUGACUCGAGCACUGAGCCAUGUCAUUCUGGAUGUGCGCAUCCUCUUGAGCUCGAAAAUCCUUGGCCAAUGUUACAGCUACCGCAGCCAAGCUGGUCUUCCACCCGAUCUAGUGAGACUCCACAACAUAGCCACAGCUUAGGCUUUCCGCUCGCAGGUCCUAGUUGGGGAGUGACACCGUCAGAUUUUCACCACGAGCAACGAUUGGAGACUUACCACAGUCAUCGAGUGUACCAAGGUUUUCCUGAUAGCAGCCCUCGCGACUCAAUUUCUCACCUAAACCCCUCUUUCUAUGAGAGCCCUUCUUUGAGCGGGAGCAACAUGCGACACAGCAGUGGCAGAAAAUCCCAGUUGAGUCAUCAAUGGCCAGAUUCUGGCUAUACGCGAAACUUGGGAUAUUAGGGAAGGAUAUGAGGGAAGAGGGUGGCCAGGGGAGAUCACGUUUACUGCUGGCUUUUUGAAAUUUAUACGUUUGAACUUUGUAUUAACAAUGUAUCAACCGGUGGUAAGUAGUACCGUUUUGCAUAGUUACCUUGUACUUCUUUCAGGCAGCUUCGAGCCAAUUGAUGGUUUCCUUGUGCAGUACUACGUUUCCUGUAAUCUGUAUAUCAGCAUUCCUUGUUCUAUUUUGUCCUUACAGAUUGGAAAACAGGGAAUGAAUCGGAAACGCGUUGGUGGCGUUGAAAUACCGACCCUUGGGAAGCAAUAUGGGGGACCUACAUAGUAGUAGCAUGCAAUUUCUGACGCAUAGACCUACGCAAAUAGAGAGUCGAGACAUUACGAGGCUGUAGUUUACGGAAGACUCGUCCUUAUGUAGGUCGCGUCAUGCUAUUUCGCUUUGCUUACU